AUGAACACAGACGAGAAAGUCUACCCUUCCGGGCAGCACUACUCGGGGACUAACCGGAUCCCCAACAUCAAGCAGUUCGUUGAGGGUCUGGACCGCGACAAGAAGGACCGCGACGCCAAGAUUGACGCCGAGCUCAAGUCGCAUACCCAGCAGCAUGGCCAGCAGCAGGAGCAGGAGCAAGAGCCGGGGCAGCAGCAACAGGAGAAAAAGGGAGGAAAGAACCGGCGCACCGUGUGGGACCCCGUCACGAAAAAGGAAGUCGAAAUCGAGGAUAUCGACACCCACCACAUGAAGGCGUCGGAGGACCCGAUGUUAACCAUCCCCAAUGCAAACCUGGGCAAAGAAACCACCAAACAGACCAAAGCCUCGCAGUCGGGCGAGGAGUAUCGCGUCGCACAGGAUGUGACGGCGCCUCCGGACCCCAAGGCCGAGGGCGCGACGUCAGACGUGCCGAUCCACGGCGAGAAGACCAACGUCCUCUUCCACCCGACGCCGAGCGUCAGCUACGAGCCCAUGUUCGCGUCCAUCGAGGCGCGGGCCAACAUGCUCUGCGGCGGCGUGUUCCUGGCCGUGGUGCUGGUCGGCAAGGCGCUGGGGGGUGGCAGUCUGUGGGCGCUGGUCCCGCUCGCGGCGGCCGUGUCGUCAGGCGUGUUCCUGUGGGCGAAGGAGCUGGUCCGCCAGGGGCGGGCGACGGAGUGGAGCGCGGAGCAGAAGCGGGGCAAGACGGCCGUGGUGAACUUGAUUCCGGAGUCGGUCGAGUGGCUGAACGCGCUGGUGGGGCUGGUCUGGGGCCUGAUCAAUCCGGACAUGUUCGCCGCCGUGGCCGACACGCUCGAGGAUGUCAUGCAGGCGAGCUUGCCCGGCGUGAUCGAGCACGUGAAGGUCAACGACAUCAACCAGGGGAGCAAUCCGCUGCGGAUUCUGAGCUUGAGGGCGCUGCCGGACGCGCACGUGCAGGACCUGAAGGAGGAGAUCCACCGACGGGACAUGAAGGUGAAGGAUCCGCAGGAGCUGGCGGCCGAGGAGGAAGGGGGCGACUUCUACAACCUCGAGGCGACCGUCGCGUACCAUUCGCUGCCCUCGUCGGGGGACGUGUCGUCCAAGGCGAAGAACAUGGGCAUGCAGCUGAUCUUCUAUCUCGGCGUCAAGGGCUUCUUCGGCAUCCCGUUUCCGAUCUGGGUCGAGCUGAACCGGCUCGUGGCGACGGUGAGACUGCGGGUCGCCCUGGCGCCGAACCCGCCCUUCGUCAAGACGCUCAGCUUCACGCUGAUGGGCCUGCCCAAGGUCGAGGCCGGCUGCGUCCCGCUCGUCGAGAAGGGCGCCAACGUGCUGAACCUGCCACUCAUUUCCAACUUUGUCAACUGGGCCAUCGCCGCGGCGGCCAACAUGUACGUGGCGCCCAAGUCCAUGACGCUCGACGUCGGCAAGAUGCUGCAGGGCGACGACAUCAAGAAGGACACGAACGCGCUGGGCGUGCUGUUCAUCCGCAUCCACAAGGCCACGGGGCUCAGCAAGCAGGACAGCCGCGGCAGCGAGGGCGGCGGGUCGGACCCGUACAUCUGCGUGUCCUUCUCCAAGUUCGGCAAGCCCAUGUACUGCACGCGCGUCAUCCAGGACGACCUCAACCCGGUCUUCGAGGAGAGCUGCGCGCUGGCCGUGACGCCCGAGGUGCUCAAGGCCGACGAGCAGCUGUCGCUCGAGCUCUGGGACAGCGACCGGUCGUCGGCCGACGACGUGGUGGGCAAGGUCGAGCUGAGCAUCCAGAAGCUGAUCCAGCACCCGGGGAAGAUGUUCCCGCAGGUGUCGCAGCUCCGGGGCGUCAAGGCCGAGAGCUCCAUGCCGGGCCAGCUGCACUGGGAGGUCGGCUUCUUCGGCAAGACGCAGUUCCGGCGCGCCCUGCUCACCGACGGCCGCGACCCCAGCCUGCCGCCCGAGCUGCGCGACAAGAAGGAGCUGCAGGACGAUAAGGGCAGCCUCGAGACGAGCGAGGAGAACGCCGUGGUGCGCACGCCGCCCGACCCGCUCUGGCCGAGCGGCAUCCUCAGCGUGGUCGUGCACCAGAUCGUCAACCUCGAGUUCGAGAACGUCAAGGGCUCGCGCGGCGGCAGGCGCACGGGCAUCCGGGAGUACGAGCCCGCGCGCCCGGAGGCCGGCGAGAACAAGGAGGAGCAGGGCAAGAAGCUGCCGAGCGCGUACUGCACCAUCCUGGUCAACGACGAGCUCGUGUACAAGACGCGCACCAAGGUGGUCUCGUCGCGCCCCAUCUUCGAGGCCGGCACCGAGCGCUUCGUGCGCGACUGGCGCUCGUGCAUCGUCACCGUGACCGUCCGCGACUCGCGCAACAGGCAGCACGACCCCAUCAUCGGCGUCGUCCCGCUCCGCCUGUCGGACGUGCUGCAGACCAGCAGCCAGGUCACGCGCUGGUACCCGCUGGACGGCGGCAUCGGCUUCGGGCGCGUCCGCAUCAGUCUGCUCUUCCGCUCGGUCGAGCUGCGCCUGCCGCCCACCCAGCUCGGCUUCGGCGAGAUCGGCACCUUCGAGUUCACCUCAGACAGCAUCAGCACGUCGGGCUACUGCCCGAGCGAGCACACCAAGAUCCGUCUCCGAACAGGCGGCAGUUCCGCCUCGGUCUCGGGCAGAGUGUGCCGCAGGGCCGACGACGACGGCAACGGCCUGACCUGGGACAUCAGCGGCUCGCCGGAGAGCCACCCCAAGUCGCGCCGCAUCCGCCUGCCGGUGCGGUACCGCUACCGCUCGCCCGUCUUCUUCGAGUUCCACCCGACCGGCAAGCGCCGCAAGACCGACAUCUUCGCCUCCAUCUGGCUGCAGGACGUGCCCGACGCCGAGGAGAAGGACUUCGACCUGCCCAUCUGGCGCUGCAACAACGGCAUGCGCCUCUCGCAGAACUACAUCACGCAGGACAACGUGCACUCGGUGCCGGACCUGCAGAUCGAGGAGGUCGGACGGCUGCGCUUCCGCGGCCGGUUCAAGCCCGGCACGGACCGGGACCACCUCCGGUUCGUGAGCGACGACAACUCGCGCGAGACCAUCGAGACGUGGGAGGCCUGCUUCUCGGAGGGCGUCCGUGCCGAGCACGUCCACCCAGAGGUGCCGCCCGUCGUGCAGCAGCUGCAUGAGGAGAGCCUGACGCACGGGAGGGAUGUGUUGGCCAUGGCGCCCGAGGAAGAUAAGAAGAAGUGGCUGUCCAGGGAUGGCGCCGAGUGGAGCGGUGCGUUCGGGGAGGAUCCGGCUGCGCUGUUAAAGAAGGAGGAGAAUGGGCAGCGGCGGGGUUUCGACGUCGACGGGGUCAAUGGACCGGGGGAGGAGGAGAGCAGCGAUGAUCAUGACGAUGAUGAUGAUGAUGACGACUACGAUGACAACAACGAAGAGGUUGACCUGGGCGUCAACGACGCUACUUAUGAUAAGGGAAAGCAGCGACAGAGGACGGAGCAGGACAGUGAUGAUCGGGGCGGCGAAGGGAACUAUACCUGGAAACAGGACCGGGACCGGGGCAACCACGGCGGGCGCGAGUCAGUGGACAGCGAAGGCACCCGCGCGACUAGCAAGUCGAGCAGCAGCAAGAACCCCAUCAAGAUAUACAAGGACUACCGCAGCCGGAGCCGGGACUUGCACCGGAAGCAGCGGGGUUUGAUGCAGUGGAGACCCAUGCGGAAUGUCCAGUUUGCUAAGGACGAGGCCGUCUUUGCUGCGAGGAGGGUCAUGAAGAUGGGCAGUCUCAAUGGCCGGAAGCCGGACGUUGAGACCGAGGUUUGAGGUGAAGAGCGAUCUCAGGGUGUACGACUAAUGUCGGGGAUAACAUUUCCCAUGUCUUGCGUUCUGCUAUGGUCGGGAAAGGAGGUCGAUGGCACAAAGAAACAAAUGUGCGAGUAAUGCGAGACUGGUUGGAUGAUACCUAAUAAUCAUAUUUUUCUGUUAGGCAAGGGCAGGAUCGUACAGGUAGUUGUUGCGCUCGACGAGUUCAAUGUCAAAGGCGGGUUCAAUGUUGAAGUUGAAAAAGGAGAUAAAUGCCAAGCCUCACAGGCAGUGCAACC